AUGGAUUCGCCCAAGAGUGGCGGUAGUGUCGAUGACAAUUACGGCGUCGACUAUGUUUUACACUAUAAAAUCCCGGCAAACGAAAAAGCCGAAGCGGAAGCCGGCUACGUCGAGCUCAUCAAGGCACUCACCACUGUCGGACUCGCUAGCGAGGUUCGAUGCGCCAGCAAGGAAUCGCUAUUCGUCUUCGUCAAGAUCGCCUCCUCCGAACUCCUUCGGAACCAGAUUUACAGGUCCAGGUUGCAGGACUGGCUGCACGGCGUGCGGUCCGCCAGCCCCGAUCACGAUGUGGCCAAGACGCUCGAGAACGAACCGGUGACCGAGGCAGAGCGACUCCGACUCGUAUACCUCAUGAUGAUAAAGCCAGAGAACGAGGGCGGCGCCGGGAUUAUGGAAAACUCGGGAAAAUGGAAGUAUGUCGACGCCAUCUUCCCUCUCCAGAACCGCGCAUUCAACAAGGCCUGGAUUUCCAACUGGAGCGGCAAUUAUCUUCUCCAAGAGUCUGAGAUACAUGGCAUUCGCGAAAAGUUUGGCGAGAAUAUCACCAUGUACUUUGUAUUUUUGCGCUCGUAUUUGCGCUUCCUGGCUAUUCCCUCGGCAGUUGGCUUCGGCGCUUGGCUUUGUCUGGGUCAAUUCUCCAUGAUCUAUGCUGUUGCUACCUGCCUCUGGUCCGUCAUUUUCUUUGAGUACUGGAAGAAGAAGGAGCUUGACCUUGCUGUUCAAUGGGGCGUUCGACGCGUCUCCGAGAUUCAGCAUCCACGCCCUGAAUUUCAGUGGGAAUACGAAAAGGAAGACCCCGUCACUGGCGAAGCUCUCCGGGUCUACCCUCCCGUGAAGCGUCUUCAGACUCAGCUUCUUCAGGUGCCAUUCGCACUGGCAUGUGUUCUUGCUCUCGGCAGUCUCUCCCUCACAGCAAUUUCCCUGGAGAUUUUUAUCAACGAAGUCUACAACGGUCCUGGAAAGCAGUACCUCACCUUUGUCCCGACUGUGAUUCUCGUCGUCUGCACACCGAUUAUUUCUACGAUUCUGAUGUCCGCGGCCAAAGCCCUGACGGACCGCGAGAACUAUGCCACUGUCGACGCAUACCACGCGGCUCUGGUUCAGAAGCAAUUUGUCCUCAACUUCAUGACAUCUUAUAUGCCUCUGCUCUUCACCACGUUCGUCUACCUUCCAUUUGGCCAUGUUCUCAUUCCCGCGCUUGACUUUUGGAGACGCACUGCGCAGGCAAUCACUUUCAGCAAGGCGCCGCUCGCCACUCGUGAAUUCCAAAUCAACCCGCAGCGCAUUUCAGCCCAAAUGUUCUACUUCACCGUCACGGCGCAAAUCGUCAACCUUGCAACCGAGCUAGUGGUUCCCUACCUGAAGCAGAGAGCAUUUGCGAAGGCCAAGGAGAUUCAAGCUAAACGAAGCGAUGAGGCUGUUCAGGACAACCCGGAAGAGACCGAGUUUAUGAAGCGAGUUCGCAACGAAUAUGAAAUGGACGUCUAUGAUGUUACAGAGGACUAUCGGGAGAUGGUGAUGCAGUUUGGCUACCUCAAUCUCUUCUCCGUCGCUUGGCCAUUGGCGCCCAUCUGUUUUCUUGUCAACAAUUGGGUUGAGCUUCGGUCUGAUGCACUCAAGAUUACCACGAGCUGCCGCCGACCCGUUCCCUGGAGAGCUGAUUCUAUUGGCCCAUGGCUUCAGACUCUCGGUGUCUUGUCGUGGCUCGGUAGCGUUACAAGCUCCGCAAUCGUCUUUUUGUGCAGCAGAGCCAGAGACGGCGAGCGUGGCGGCGCCUCAAAUGUUACGGCAUGGGGGCUCCUACUGAGUAUCUUGCUCGUUGAGCACUUUUACUUUUUGGCGCAGAUCAUCGUUCGCACUGUUUUGGAUCAGCUGGAGAGCCCCGGAUUGCAAAAGGAGCGCAAAGAGCGAUUCCAAAUGAAGCGCCAGCUGCUGCAAGACCAUCUAGGGCAAGAUGUUGCUGAUAGAGCGGCCGCCCCUGGUAUUGAAAUGUCUGAGAAGAUAACACGAGCUGCUCUCGAGGAAGACGCGCGACUUACAUCCAUUCGCGGCAAGGUUUCGCCAGCUGAAGCCUUUUGGCAACGGCAGCACGGCAUGCAAGAGACUAUUGAAGUCGGUCGCAUGUUCAUUACGCAGAUGGACACCAAAAACGGCAAGCCAGCCAGUGCCGCGCAACCUAGUCCCAGGGCAUGA